AUGAUCGAGCAAGCUCCAACCCUCCAUUUAGGAAACUCCAACUUUACCCCCAAUAUGACCCCCACCACCACUCGCCACGGCUGGAAAUUCUGGGCCAUAUUCCCCGGCCUAUGUCUCGCAUCUACACUAUGUGCACUCGACUCUACCAUCCUAUCCACCGCGCUCCCAACCAUCACCGCCUCCCUCGAUUCAUCCUCAAACUACAUAUGUAUAAUCAACGCCUACACCCUCACCUUUACCGCCAUCCAGCCAUUCUGCGGACAAAUCGCCGAUAUUCUGGGGCGCAAACAUGCUACCAUAAUAGCAAUAUGCAUUUUCCUCUUGGGCAGCGGUAUAUGUGCUGGUGCCAAUGAGACUAGCAUGCUGAUUGGUGGACGUGCCGUGCAGGGACUUGGGGGAGGCGGCUUGAGCAUUUUACCGGCUAUGGUGGUUUGUGAUUUGGUGUCGUUGAGGGAGCGGCAGAAAUAUACGGGGUUGAUUUAUAGACCGUUUGCUAUUGGGACUUUUAUUGAGCCGAAUUGGAGGCUCAAUGGUCGAACAUAUUGGAUGGCGAUGGAUGUUUUGGCUGAAUUUGCCCAUUGGAGGACUGGCUCUACUCUCUGUGAUCUUAUUCUUUUGAGUAUCACACGUCCGUUCUGGUCCUAUCUUGUCACAAUUAGGAAAAAUCGACUACAUUGCUAUUUUCUACCCGUGUACUUCCAAGCCGUCAUGAAGGAUUCUCCACAGAAAUCUGGAAUUAACACGCUCGCAGCAGCCAUACCAAUGGUACCAUUUGGCAUCGUUGGGGGAAUUUUGAUCGCGAAGGCCGGUCAUUAUAAACUCAAUCAAAUCCUAGGAUUUGCGCUGGCUGCCAUUGCGAUCGGCUGCUUCAGUAUUUUGGACCAAGAUUCUUCGACAGCUGUUUGGGUUAUACUCCAGAUUAUUUUCGCGGCUGGCGCUGGAAUUGUGCUUACAGCUACUCUACCCGCCAUACAAGCACCGCUUCCAGAGUCCGAUGUGGCAACUGCCACCGCAACAUGGGGAUUUAUCCAAAGUCUCGGAUUUGUUUGCGGAGUAGCCAUACCAUCGAGCAUUUUCGAAGCCGAGUUCAGAAGCAUGGUUCACAGCAUCGACGAUCGUGCUCUACAGGAAGUCUUGAGAGUUGGAGGUGCGUACGAGCAUGCUUCGAGGGCAUUUAUCAUAUCCCUGCCCGAAGAAUCACAAGUGCAAGUUGUGAGAUUAUUCGUGGCCAGUUUGAAGCUGGUGUGGGAGGUGGGGUCUGCGUUUGCAAUCUUCGGAUUUUUGGUAUCUUUUUUCGUGCAAGAUAUUGAGCUGAGGAGUAAUCUGGAGACAGAAUUCGGAUACAAAGAGGAGACUGAGGCUACGAAAGUUGAACAGACUCUAAUUGGAUCUCCUAUCUCUGUAAUCCGAUAA